AUGGUUGAACCUAGGAAAACCUUGUCUGACUAUGAGAGACCGCAAUUCACCGGUGAUGAGUUUAGCGUACAAGCCCCUACAGUUCCAGCAAACAAUUUUGAGAUUAAGGCAAGUACAAUUGGGAUGUUCCAGAACUCUGUUCAAUUCGAUGGUUUAGCCGAUGAGGACCCUCAUGCACACCUGUCUCGUUUCCUUCAAAUCUGUUCAACUUUUAAGAUUAACUCUGUCUCAGAUGACGCGAUUAGGUUGAGAUUGUUUCCGUUUAGUUUACGGGGUGCAGCAUACCGUUGGCUCACUUCACUGGCCCCCGGGUCCAUCACAACUUGGAAGGAUAUGGUUAAGAAAUUCCUCGCUAGAUAUUUCCCACCGAGCAAGGCAGCCCGAUUGAGACAAGAAAUAUCUUCUUUCCGACAAGGUGACUCAGAAACUUUGUUUGAAGCUCAUGAGAGGUUUAAGGAUCUCUUGAGACAAUGCCCGCACCAUGGUUUUGCAUCUUGGAUUAUAGUGCAGAUAUUAUUUAAUGGGCUAAACUAUCAAACCCGACAACUCAUUGAUGCCGCGGAAGGGGGUUCAUUGAGCAGUAAAUAUCCUGAGGAUGCAGAGCAGUUGAUUGAAAGCAUGGCUAGCAAUGAAUCUCACUGGAGCACUCGAGGAAGACCACAGAAAAUAGUGAGGAUUUAUGAGGUAAAUGAUACCACCGCCUUGGCCGCGAAGAUAGAAGCACUGACUAAGAGGCUUGAUCAGUUAUUAUGGGAUGAAGCUCAAAUAAUGGAGCAGUCCUGUCUUGUGGUACUUGUGGUGUUAAGGAACCUCCAAGCAUCGGUCCAAUCACUCGAAAAUCAAGUUGGGCAACUAGCCAGGGCAAAUGCUGAGCGACCACAAGGUAGCCUCCCGAGCAAUACAGAGCAGAAUCCAAGGGAGCACCUCAAGGCCAUCACUCUUAGGAGUGGGAGACCGUUGGAGACAAGAGCCGAGGAUUUCUCAAGUGCCAAGAAAGAUGGGGUGACCAUUUUGGAAGACCCCGAAGUGGCUGAGCCGCGGCAUAUAAAUAUUCCACUCGUUGAGGCAUUAGCCAGAAUGCCUAAGUACGCCAAGUUCAUGAAAGACCUUCUUACCAAUAAGAGGAAGCUUGAAGAGCUUGAGAUAGUGGCACUCCCUAGGAAUUGUUCCGCAAUGAUUCAGACGAAGCUUCCAAAGAAGUUGAUUGACCCUGGGAGCUUCAUCAUCCCUUGUAUGAUCGGGGAGGGCAUGCAACAGAAAGCACUGGCCGACUCCGGGGCCAGCAUUAAUGUAAUGCCAUACAAGUUGUUCUUGAAGUUGGGAUUAGAGAAUUUGAGGCCCACGAGAAUGAUGGUGCAACUUGCAGAUCGAUCAAUAAGGAAGCCCAAGGGUGUUGUUGAAGAUGUACUUGUGAAGGUGGAUAAACUCAUCAUUCUUGUGGACUUUGUGAUACUUGAUGUGGAUGAUGAUGUUGAUGUCCCACUGAUCCUUGGGCGCCCAUUCCUUAAUACUUCUAGCGCUCUCAUCGAUGUAAAAGGAGGGAGAAUGAUUCUCAGAGUGGGAGAGGAGAAAGUCAUUUAUACACUUCGUGAAGCAAUGAGGCAAACCUUGGAUCAUGAUGACCCCUUAUAUUUUACCGAUGAAACUGAUAUGGUUAUCUCUGAUUGUAUGCAGGAAGUUUUGGCUAUGAACCCAUUGGAUGAAUAUCUGGAAGAAGUGGACAACAAGGAGGAUAAGAUGAAGGUCCCUGUUUCCCCUCCAAUGCAACAUGUAAGCUAUGUGGGAACAGAUCCGCCACCAAGUCAUAAAAAGAAGAAAAACAUGAAGAAAAUGUGGUGCAAGGUGAACAAAAAGCUAAAGGAGGGGACGACAGUCAAGCUAACGCCACCAAGGGAGGUAGACCGUCUUUACUUUGAGGGGAAAGGCAUGUUUUGA